CACAUGAUCAAGGAGACAACAGAAGUGCGAACCGCGGGUGCACUUGAUUCGUUAUGUUUUGAAUUGUAUCAAAUGGUGAUGUGAACUGCGUACCGAAAGAUUCAAUGAAUUGGAAAAAGAAUAGCUGGUAGCUAGCGGACGCGUCCUGUUAUUAAUAUCAGCUGCUUGCUGAUAAUAUUAAAGCUAGCUUGGUAAUUUCCGUUUGCUGAAUUGCCGAGACUUUAGGCGCUGCAGACCUAGAAAACUGAAUAAUGCGAUUUGUAAGUUAGUUGGCGCUUUAAUUUGCAAUUUCAGUAGUUAGCUUGCUCUAGCCAAGUAGCUCGACAGCUCGCAGUAUCUGGAACAAUGACACUAUUUUUGCAUGGUCGUCAUUUUCACCGCACGUCGUUUCGAUGUGUUCUCGGAAAACUACGUAGCUAGUUUGCUAGCUAAUGGGACAUUGCAUUGUUUUGAGUGGAGAUCAAUCAAAUGCAAGAAGGGUAAAGUCUGUCUAAUCGUCAUUGAGGAAAUGUCAAUCCCAGCAGAAUGCAUCUUGAUGGCAGCAGGACUCAAAGCAUCACCACCAAUGUCCCCAUGUCUAGCGCCGUUUCCAACCAAUCUUCAUCUUGGUUUUUACACGCCAUUACCAUCGGAAUAGCAGCAGCUAUACUCUUCCAGUUUGGAAAUGGGGAACUCACAGUAACAUCUUUUUUUCUUAAGCUUUUUAUUUACGUGUCAUUCCCAUUGCUUUGUUUUUCGUUGGGAAGCGUUGGGCUCUUGGUGAAGAAGAGUCCCCCUAAAAGUAGCAGAUUUGACACUUUGAAGAUGAGGUCAACGCACUUGUCGGACUUAUUAAAUAAACUAAUGGGUCGCUACCCUGGGUCGAUGGUAGAGUCUGUGCCCACUAGAAGAGUGGUGGUUUCUCACAAUGUGGACAAAGCACUCAAAGAAGUGUUUGACUACAGCUACAGGGACUAUGUCCUUCCCUGGUACGUUCCUCUGAGCCAGGAUGAGGGCCAGCUCUACCAGAUGCUGUCUGAGGACUUCUGGGAAAUGGUCAAGCAGCUGAGGAGCCGUUUGGCUGCAGUGGACGUGGUUAAUGUGGUCUGCAAUGACAUGGUCAAGACCCUGCACACCCACUUCUGUAACCUGAAGACUGCCAACACCAGGCAGGAGGACCCACCCAGGCCCUUCCCCCUGCAUCCGUGCCUGCGCAGCCCAGGGGAGGAGCUGUGUUUCCUGCGCUGCUGCUCCCGGCUGCUCACCCUCACGCUGCUGCCCGUGUGCGACGCCCGCUCCCACACCCUGCGCGCCGUGCUGGUGGAGAUCAUCGCCACCAAAGUGCUGAAGCCCCUGGUGGAGGUCCUCAGUGACCCAGACUACAUCAACCGCACCCUGCUGGCCCAGCUGGAGUACCGGGAGCAGGUGAGCGAGCACCACAGGAAGGCCUACACCUACGCCCCGUCCUACGAGGAGUUCAUCAAACUCAUCAGCAGCAGCUCCGACAUCCUGUUCCUCAAGCAGCUGAGGUACCAGAUUGUGGUGGAGAUAAUCCAAGCAACCACCAUCAGCAGCCUUCCUCAGCUGAAGAAACACAAAGAGGGCAAAGGGAAGGAGAGCGCGGCCAUGAAGGCAGACCUGCUCCGCGCGCGCAACAUGAAGCGCUACAUCAACCAGCUGAGCGUGGCCAAGAAGCAGUGCGAGAAGAGGAUCCGGCUCCUGGGGGGCCCCAACUAUGAGCAGCAGGAGGACGGGGCCCCUGAGGACGGAGAGGAGCCGCAGAGCCAGAGGAUCAUCCAGUUUGAGGAGAUCAUGUCAAAUUCCACCUUCCGGGAACAUUUCCGUGUCUAUAUGGAGCGGGUGGACAAGAGGGCCCUGAUCAGCUUCUGGGAGCUAGCAGACUUGUUGAAGAGUGCUAACAAGAACGAGGUGCCCCAGCUGGUGGGGGAGAUCUACCAGAAGUUCUUUGUGGAGAGCCGGGAGAUCCCGGUGGAGAAGGCCCUGUACAAGGAGAUCCAGCAGACCCUGGUAGGCAACAAGGGCACGGACGUCUUCCACAAGAUCCAGGCGGACGUGUACGAGACCAUGAAGGAGCGCUACUACCCGUCCUUCCUGGUGAGCGACGUGUACGAGCUGCUGGUGAAGCGGGAGGAGCGCCGGCAGUCCAGCGGGGAGGACAAGGACGAGGCGGUCAUUGAGGGGAGAGAGGAGGUUCUGGAUGAGGGAAGCACGGGCAUCAAUGAGCAGGCUAGCUACGCUGCUAACAAGCUGCACCAGCUAUACGACAAACUGGAGUACAAGCGCCACGCCCUGGGCUCCAUACAGAACGCUCCCAAACCGGACAAAAAGAUUGUGUUCCAGCUGAAGGAGGAGAUCGCGGCGAUGGAGAAGGAGCACAGCGACCUGCAGGAGCACAUCUCGCGCACGGACUGGUGGUGUGAGAACCUGGGCGUCUGGAGGGCCGCCAUCAGUGGUACCGAGGCCGUGGAAGAGAACGGUGAGCACAUGCCCUGCUACUCGGUGACCGUGAGUCUGCUGGGGGGAGACGACUCGGACAGCAACCGCUGGACGGUCUCCAGGAAGCUGAGCGAGUUCCAGGCGCUUCACAGGAAGCUGACGGAGUGCUUUCCCUCCUUGAAGAAAAUGCAGCUGCCUUCUGUCAGUAAACUGCCGUUCAAGUCCGUUGACCAAAAAUUUCUCGACAAGUCCAAAAACCAGCUCAACUCCUUCUUACAGAAAAUGCUGAAGGACGAUCGAAUGUGCCAGAGCGAGGUGUUGUACGCCUUCCUCAGCCCCUCCCCCGAGCACCUCAAGGUCAUGGUCAUCCAGAAGAAGUCCUCCUUCACGCUGGCCUCCUUCCUGGAGAGACUGCCGGGAGACUUCUUCUCCCACCAGGAGGAGGAGGCCGAGGACGAGAGCGACCUCUCUGACUACGGAGAGGAGACGGACGGGAAGAAGGACGCGCUGGCCGAGCCCUGCUUCAUGCUCAUCGGAGAGAUCUUCGAGCUUAGGGGCAUGUUCAAGUGGGUGAGGAAGACGUUGAUUGCACUAGUUCAAGUCACGUUUGGACGGACCAUAAACAAGCAAAUUCGGGACACUGUGAACUGGAUAUUCAGUGAGCAGAUGCUGGUGUACUACAUCAACAUUUUUCAAGACACUUUCUGGCCCAGCGGAAAGCUAGCGCCCGUUAGCGAGCCCCGGUCGGAGUCGGAACGGCAGGAGACCAAGGAGAGGGCACAACAGAAGCUGCUGGACAACGUCCCAGAUGCACUACAGAACCUCGUUGGACACCAGAACGGCCGAUAUGGCAUCAUCAAGGUCUUCAACGCUCUACAGGAAGUCAGUGCCAACAAGCAUCUCCUUUAUAUCCUCCUGGAGAUGUUCCUCAAAGAGCUAUGUCCUGAGAUCAGCAUGGAGUUGGACCAGCUCUGAGCACUCGUUCCCGCCCAUUCUCCAGCAGACACAACGACCUGGGCCCAUGUUCAUCAAGCAUAGUCAUGUGUGAAGUGUUGAUCCAGGAUCAGGUUUCCCUAACAACCUCCAAUCUAUAUCUGUUAUGAUUGGAAAAAAAAUACUAAACUGAUCCUCGGUCAGUACUCUGACAUGCUUAAUGAAUGUGGUCCUUGCCGUUACCUUACUUCACAGAGAAAUCCAGGCGUUUCUUUAUGCCUCCCUCUGUUGAGAGACCCCUCUGAACUUACUUGAUGACAUGGCUCUCAGAAUUUUUGGGGCAAUGAGCUUAGGUCUUUAUUUGAAAGUUCCUCUGGUUCAUUUGUUGGGGAAACCGGGUUAACUGCCAAUAUCUGCUGCAGAAUGCCAGUUUUUGUUUUGGACCUGGGUAGGUCUUUAUUUAUUGUGAAUAGUUGUGGAAUUAUGAAUGUUGUAUCCAAGUGAAAGAUGUCCACAGACUGAACAUUCCUUCAACUUUUUUUUUUGUUGUGUCCAUUAAAAGGCUUUAUUGUGCAAUAAGUCAUGUAAAGUCAUUGUGACUAUUUUAUCGUUGAAUAGGAAUAGAUUUUAUUUUUACCAAAGAUAGGUUAGAUCAUUUAUAAGCAAUAAAUUGCCAAAGCAUA